CACUCUAUUUAUGCUUGAUUUAUCGAGUUUCUGACCCCCGAACUAUGGAUGACACCAUGGUUAGGCUGUUUUCUGUUCUUAAGUGUGGGGGUGUGAUUAACAUUUUCCUUGGCUGUUUUGGUUCCACUUUGGGCUGUUCUUUUGCAGGACCAUGUCGAAGCCCAACCUCCGGCAUCAGUAUGUUCAAGAUUUGAGAAGGGGGGCCCACCGGGAUCGUUUUCAGAACGUCCUGGCCUGCAAGUUUGGGCAGCAUCAUUACUGGUCGAAGCGCGAAUUGGAGAAGCUGAACUGCUACGAGCACCUCUCCCCCGUUGUCACCAACAAAUACUGGCGCCACCUGCUCAGCAUUCGCGCGACGGUUUACCAUGAGAUCGUGCUUGAGUUCUACACUACCUUCAAGCACGCAGCCACGGCCGAUUGGAAGGACGAAGCUGCAGUCCAGUUCCGACUCGACGGUGAACCACGCUCCAUGAGUUACGACGAGCUGGCGGACGCCCUCGGCCUCAACCUGGUCAAUGACAGGACCUUCAUCACCGAGAUCGCCGAGCCAGCAGGGGUGGACUUCGGGAGGCUGCACUUCAGCCUCGCUCGGCCACGGCAGCUUCCCUUCAAGGCGGGGAAGACGAAGGCCAGCACAUUGCAGCUUGAAAACCGUCUCCUCCAUCUCAUGCUGGCCAAGUCUUAUACCCCCGCCUCAGACAGUGCCAGCGCCAUCACCAAGAGAUCCCUGUACUUCAUCCAGUCCAUGCGCCAGAGGGAUCAUCCCCUACACUUGGGCUCGGUGGUGGCGAGGACAUUCGAGAAGAGUGCUUCUGAGCUGAAGAAACUCCACUGCACUCCCCUCAUCACCUGCCUGGCAGAGUACUUCCAGAUAUCCCUGCAGGGGUGCACAGAGCAGGGAGAGACCACUCCCUUUGGCCGGGCUACGCUCACCAAAAUGCUCCUGCUUCGAGAAGAGCGAGGUGUCAUGUGGAUCGAGGGGUUUCCUCAACCUCAGAUUCCAGAGGCGGUCCAACAGGAGGUUCCAGAGGGUGCAGCUGAUGAGGAGGUCCAGCCCGAGGACGUGGAUGACACUGCUGCCGCCCGCCCCACCACCUUCGAGUACGGGGGUGGCAGUUCCAGUUUCCCGGGGCAGGAUUACUUCACCUCCCAGUUCAAGCAGCUGCGUCUCCAGAACCAGCAGAUCCUCGACCAUCAGAUGCAGUUCCAGCAGCAGUACGCGGCUCACCAGGCCGAGUACCACCAGAGGAUGGCGGGUUACGAUGAGAGAUUGGACCAGCUCCAGACCCAGCAGGGAAUGACUCUCGCACACAUCAAGCGGGAGAGGCGACGCUCUUGGCGCAUGCAGGAGGUCCAGCAGCAUUUACUCCAGCUGCUACCGGGCGAGCAGCCAGUCUGGAGAACUCCCUGGGAGGACUCUCCACUUCCACCUCCCCCAGCGGAUGGUGAUGAUGGUGCUGAUGGUGGUGACGCCUUCAUGAACGACAUCGUCUUCGAUCUGGACAACCUCGGCGACGAGUAGGCUGUACUCGUUGCCCCUCUCAGUGUGUUUUGUUUUUUUUUCGUUGUAGACUUGUGUGUGUUUGCUCCAUGUGUGAGGAGCUUGAACUUAGUGUCGUUUGUUUUUGUUUUUGUUUGUUUCUUUUGUGGAUUGUUUUUGCUGUAGCCGUCUGGGCUAACACUUAUCCCUAACACAACGUGUGCUAGUGUGUUCUUGGUGUUCGAUUCGUGCAGAACUGUCCAUCUUUCCGUUUGUUUCUCGCUGACUGGUCCACUUCCAGUCCCCCAACAGUUUCAAUCCGGUAACAUCGUUCCCCUUCCCUAUCCCUCUGCUCCAUUGAGGGCAAUGUCGUGCUUAAGUGUGUGUGUGUGGGGGGGGGGGGGGGGUGCUUUGUAUCGGUUGGAAUGUAUAUAUGUGUGCUUGGAGCCUAGUCCACUGUUCAAAUCUCGAGAUUUGAGGGCUCCAAGUACUGCUGUUUGAUCAUAUUGGCACUGUGUUUUGAUUGAUGAAUUGAAUGGUUUUCGGAUUUAUGCAUGACAGCUUGAUUGUGACUAGGACAACCUAUGAUGAGUAUAGGUGUCAAAACAUAGCCCGACCCGAUUAACCCGCCCGAUCAACCCGACCCGCAACCCGACCGCAACCCGAAUUGACUAAAACUCAACAACCCGUAACCCGCCCGACCCGCAACCCGAUUGACCCGCAACCCAACUAACCCGCAACCCGACUAACCCGCAACCCGACUAACCCGAACCCGAUUGGCCCGCAACCCGACUGACCCGCAACCCGAUUAACCCGAACCCGAUUGACCCGAACUCGACUAACCGGUAACCCGACCGACUCAACCCGAAUUUCAUCUAAUCCACAUGAAUAAUUAUAAAAAUAUACAAUACAUAGUUUUUCAAAAUAAAGUUUUUCAUUCUAAACUUAAGAAAAAUUAUUUUUUCAUUUCGUAUAAGAAAUUUUAAAAAUAUGAAACUCACUUGAUAUUACGUAUUUUAAGAAAAUGACAAAAUUGAAACAUGAAGGUCACUUGAGAUCAUGACAAUAUUAAUAUAAUAUAUAAAUUAAAAUUUUAGUUAAUUUAACUAUUCAAUAAAAUUAUCAAUUAAAUAUAAAUAAAGUAAAGUAAUGUAUUUGGUAAUUUGAUAUUUUUAAAAGAAGAGGGAAAUUUUUCUGUAUUCAAGUUUUUGGGAAGAGAAAGAAGAGGGAAAUUUGGUUCUUUGAAUUUUUUAGAAAAGAAAGAAGUGGGAAUUUUGGUAGUUUUGAUAUGUGGGAAGAGAAAGAAGUGGGAAAAUUUGAUUCUUUUGAUUAUGAAAGAGAAAUAAGGAGGGAAACUUUUGACUUUUCAACUUUUUGUAGAAGGAAAGAAGAGGGUAAUUUGGUUCUUUCAAUUUUAUGGAAAAGAAAGAUGAGGGAAAAUUGAGUUUUUCUAAUGUAUGGAAGGAGAAAGAAGGAGUGAAAUUUUAGUAUUUUUGUGAAAAGAAAGAAGGAAACAAAUUUGGUGUUUUCAAUUUUUUGGUUUUUCAUAAUUUUAGCUUUUGAAAUAUGAAUCUUUAACUUUUAUAUGGAGGGCAUGACUAGUUAAAAUUAUUCUUAUAUGCUUUGAAGGCUAAUAUGUAUAUAUGUAUGUAAUUUCUUAUGGUCUAAUAAAUAAAUUAACCAUUAGUUACAACAAUUGAUAAUAAACUUGAUAAGUAAUCUUUGACGAUUCGUUGUUUAGGAUAUAAAGUAUAUGGUUAUGGUAUAAGGUACAUAUGGUUUAGAGUGUAUAUGGUUAGGGUAUAAGAUAUUGAUGGUUUUGAUGGUUCUAAGUUUUUUAUUAACAUAUGUUCACUUGAAGUCAUUUUAAGUCUUUAACGGCAGGAGAUCCCUUUUUAAUUUAUGUUUAUGGUACGUGGUUAGGGUACAAGGUAUGUGGCGUAAAGUAUAGGAUAUAUGGUUAGGGUAUAACAAUUAACAAAUAUCACUUUUUAUCUAUGUUUUGAAAAUCAAAGUAUGAAUUUUAC